AUCGAAUCCUCCCAACCUGUUCGGUGUAUUCCUCAAUGUAAUCCUCACUUGCGACACCACCAAAUUCAACUCGAUACAGUCUAUCCAACAUGAAAGGCAAAGAGAUUCGUACCACAACAAUCCCUUUAGUUCCACGCCCACCACAAUCAGGCGAGUGCCACUUCGGCUUACGAAACCUACAAGCUAUCCAAGGAGCUCUGCUUCGUGGCGAUGAACAUGUCGACAUUCUCGGAUGGCCAUGCAUUCCACCACCAAUGUGGGACCACGUAGAGCGUGCCGAAGACACCAUAGGCAAAGAGGAGGUAACCCCUUUCACAGCUAUUCAAAACUUCAACGCGCCCAACCAUCCCUGGUUCUCACAAGAUGCCCGAAACAAGAUAGAAAACAAACACUGGCAUGGCAUGAAAUUCAAGUUUAUCAAGGUGCUUGCCCGGGGUGGUCACGGAUACGUCACACUAUGGGACGUCGUUUUUGAUGACAAGUCUGUCAGGAGGGUCGUGAUUAAGAGAGCUAUAGACCCUUUAACUAAUGCCUUCGACCCUCGCAAAGAAUCCGAGUUUCACUUGCGGUAUGACGGCGCCCAACACACGACACAGGUUAUCGACUUACAUCGCGAGGCAGUGGCUAAACACACUCGUAUGAUAAGAAGUGGUACAUUUACUGCCAACGCUAUCAGACACGGAAAACAGUGGAACGCCGAAGCAGAGAAAUGUGUUGUCUUUGAGUAUAUGAAAUUCGGCGACAUGGUCAACAUCAUGCAAACAGUCGCUGCGAGAAAUGCUCAAAUCCCAGACCAAGUUCUCUGGGGAAUUUGGGAAUGCCUUGUGCUUGGUCUCGCGACCAUUGCUUAUACUCCGUCCAACAGCUCUAGCAACUCCAGUUUCGAAACGUGGUGGAAAUGGGCACAAUCUGAUAAAAAAGAGGCACUAACCUUCCUCGACCGUGUCGAAAGAGAGUGGCAAAUUGAGCACGAUGUUCAUCUUGAUCUAGAAGUGCUCAACGUUCUCGCGGGUCAUGAUCCAGCAACACAUCCUUAUCAGCCUAUUUUCAAGCUCCAUGAUCUCGGUGCCUGGAGCUUCAAGAUGAACGAGGCUUGGGAGAGUCAGGAUGAAACCCAGAUUUGGGUAAUGAGAGGACCUGUCAAGCUUCAUGGCAUGGCACCGGAGCAAUUCAGUAAAGAGUGGGAUAAAAUGUCUAUCAGUAUGGAUAAACCUUCCUUGAGACGAUUUUAUGGAGGUGAAGACUUGAAAAGGGGGAAUCGGGUUGCCGGUCGCUUUGGGAUGUGGACUAACAUCUUUCUUGUUGCCAGAGUUAUGGAAUCCAUCAUGACCGGAGUAUUUAGCAAGUUUCCUUACCAAGCUGUUGCCCAUGAUCGAACAAAUAAGCCGACAUAUGGAGGGAUGCUUCAGACACCAGAGUAUGAUCACAUCGACUUCGAAUUGCGAGAGACCGUGAGGAGGUGUCUGUACGAGAAGCCUAAAGAUAGGCCCAGUAUUACCCAGCUUUUGAGGAAUCUGUUGGGGCGAAAGGAGCAAGGCUUCAAUGAUCGCCCAGAGUUCGUUGAUAAAUGGUGGAAAGCCCUUUUCGAGCCUCAAGGGCCAAUGCCUCUCCCUUUAGAAACACCACCGCCGGCGAGUCCUGUCAAGCAGGCAGUGGUAGACUCUGUUGCGAAAGGAGGCGUAGCAAUCGCGUCUCACAUGGCGCAAGCAGCUGGAAACCAAGGCGCGCCGAAUCAGCCUCCAGCUCCUCCUUAUGUUCUUCCUCACUUACGACAUGUUCCUUUUGAUCAACGAAGGGCCCAACUUAAUGUAAAGGAGCCUCCGGCCCAGCCUCAAGCUCAGCCUCAAGGCCAGUAUCAAGCCCAACGUCAAGUCCACUGGCCUCGAGCCCAGCAUCAAGUUCAGCCUGGAGCCCAGCCUUAUGUUCCCCCCCACCUACGAAGGGGCCAACAUAACGUAACUCCUUCUGCACUGGGUGAGGAUUUGGCGAACAUAUCACUCAAGCGCGCAACCCAAAUAUCUACUACAACGGUUGCACCUGACAUUUCUCCAAAGUCUGCCAAGUCAGGCAGGGUCAACAAGAAGCCUCAAAAAACUAAGAAGGCCGGGCAUAAAGCGCCGCCUCGGAAGCAUGAUGCUAUUGCAGAGUAUGUUGAGGAAGCGUUGCCGGAUAUGCCUGUGGCUUUUCGCAACCUUUUGACUCGCUCGAAAUAUCUCGAAUCGCAACUUGAAAAAGAAGGCUUUCCCGUGUAUUCUUUCGUGAACUAA